GACAUCACAAGCCGGGUGCCAGCUUCAGGCCCUACGAGCAACGGGCACAGCGGGCGUGCAAGUGGAACCCCUGUGAAGGCGGUGCUGACACCUGAUUUCGCCCACCUUAUCGUCGUCAGUGCCAGCAGCAGCAACCGGGAUGGGAAGCAAGGGCGGCAGGGAAAGCAGGAGCAGGACGAAGCUGGCUGUGAGCUAGCACUGUUUGACACGGCCAUGAUGAGACACAGCCUCUGGGAGGUGCUGGCAAUGGCGACCCAAGGGGCGGCGCUCACAGGGCUCAUGGAGUCCGUGUCAGCCACUGCUGCCGCCAUGCACGGCCUAUGGGAGGCCGCCAGCUGUCAGUGGCGGGAGAAGGUGCAGGGGCUGCAGCGACUGCUGGAGGAGAACGACUGCCCCUCGGACCCUCGAUCAGAGCUCCUGUACAUGCUGGCAACAGGAGCUGCCAGCACGGAUUUGAACAGCUUCUUCACAGAUACUCUCGCAGGCGAAGCGGUAAGGAGGACAGGCAGGGCCUUGAUGGAGGGCUAUGCUGGAGAUUUCGCUGUUGGGAGUGAAGCUGCUGGCGCGAAAGAUAGAGACGACGCGCUGUACUCUCUGCUCACGCUGCACUCUCUGCUCACGCUGCACUCUCUGCUCACGCUGCACUCUCUGCUCACGCUGUACUCUCUGCUCACGCUGCACUCUCUGCUCACGCUGCACUCUCUGCUCACGCUGCACUCUCUGCUCACGCUGCACUCUCUGCUCACGCUGCACUCUCUGCUCACGCUGCACUCUCUGCUCACGCUGUACUCUCUGCUCACGCUGCACUCUCUGCUCACGCUGCACUCUCUGCUCACGCUGCACUCUCUGCUCACGCUGCACUCUCUGCUCACGCUGCACUCUCUGCUCACGCUGCACUCUCUGCUCACGCUGCACUCUCUGCUCACGCUGCACUCUCUGCUCACGCUGCACUCUCUGCUCACGCUGCACUCUCUGCUCACGCUGCACUCUCUGCUCACGCUGCACUCUCUGCUCACGCUGCACUCUCUGCUCACGCUGCACUGCACCAGUAUUGCCUGGCUACUCUGCCAACUGUCACCUGCCCCUCACACAUUCAACCCUCAUAUUUACCUGCCCACCCUCAGGGAGAGACCCUCCUCCGCCUCUCCUCCCUGCACUCCCUCCCAUGUUCCCCCCAUCCACCAGGGAGUGAAGCGCCUGGCGAGAACGAUAGAGACAGCAGGGAACGCGCUGCAUGAUGGGUUGUUACAGGAGGCGAUGGAGGAGGUGAAGGUGGCGAUGGUGUGGAGCGAGCGUGUGGUGCGGCUGCUGGCGGUGGUGCUGCCGCAGUUUGCCGCCUUCUUUGUGUGGCUGCUGCGCUGCAUCCGGGCGGCGAACGAGGAUGAGGACGAGGACGUCAGGCCGGGCGGCAACGCUGCCAGCAGCCAGGCGCUGCUGGUCAACACGGCAGUGGUGGCGGAUUUUCUCCACCAGCACUUUGACCGCGACCCCAUCAAGGCACACCUGGACCCACCUGCCCCAGAUGACACCUCCCCAGGCGCCAGGGUGCCACCUCCACCCAUGUUCGCUGGCAUCACGAGUGGCACGCACGAGGAUGGGGACGUGCUGCUAAGAGAAGUCGUCUGCGACCUAGCUGGAAUCACCAACCCAGCAGCCGUGCAUCCCCAGGGAGGCAACACUCUCCGGCAGCAGCUGGAUCUAGUGCGAGACAGUUGUGAAGCGGUGCUAUUAGCCACGACAGCCAGCUUCACUGCUCGUGCCGUGCUCGCCCUGCCGCCUCUGCCUCUGCCUGCUGUGCCGACCACACAUCUUCUGACUUCGAGCCAAAUGAUCGCCACCCAACAGAUUGCCGCCCAGCAGAGAGCACCUGCUCAAGCACAAGCUAAAGAUGCAGCAGCAACAGCAGCAGCAGCAGCAACAGCAGCAGCAGCAACAGCAGCAGCAGCAACAGCCGCCAUGCCUGUUCGGGCGCCUAUCAGCAUCUGCUGCCCCCAACCUUCCUCGCUGCUCAACUCUGGUAAAGCCACCAUCACCCCUCACCACCGCCUCCCACCACUCUCCAAGUGCGUCGUUGCGCUUCCCCUCCUCCUGUCGUCCACCCCUGGUAGCAGCAGCAGCAGCAGCAGCAGCAGCCAAGUGUUGGACCACCACAUUGCGCUGCUGCUCACCGCUGCCGCUGCCACUAAAGCAGGCAGCGCAGCAGCAGGGGCCAUGCAGCAGCAAGCCGGGGAGCAGCAGCAGCAGCAGCAGGGGAGGCUGGUGGUGUGUCCGAUGGAGGGACUAAUCUUCACAGGGAUCCAGCUGGGCCACGGAGACACACUCCUGCAGGUACAGAUAUGGCCUCGGGCAACGCCCUUUCACCUUCUUGAGGCGCCUCAAAAAUCACAUCACCCCCCGCUCUCAUUCCGCUUCUCCCCUUUCUCGAACCCCUCCUCCCUUCUCCAAUCCUCUGCGCAGCAUCUACCGCCCUCUCAGCCCCUGCCCUCGGAGGGCCUCAGGCAACGCCCUCUCACCUUCGCCCGGCCUCUCAUGCCGCUCGCUGCUAGCUCUGCUCGUGGCUUGGCUGCGGUGUUUGGGGCUCAGCGGAGGGUGUUGGUACUGGACCUUGAGGAGGAGGAAGAGGAAGAGGAGGAUGAGGAAGAAGGGGAGGAGAAUGAGGAGGAUGGGGGAGAGGACAACGAGGAAGGAGAGGAAGGAAAGGGGGCUGAAGAGGGAGGAUGA